AGUGCAGCGAUGGGGAUUUCCAGCGGAACAUGAAGGUAAGAGGCGCUGGAUGAUGGGGAGAGGGCGGCUCGGUAAUGCUACUCCCCAGCACUGCAUGACACCCAACGGGCAUGUGUACUGACACGUCUUGUUAUUACUGAGCAGCUGGCAGCAUUGGACAUGGUGUUCUUAAUGCGCGCUCCUCUCUGCAAAUCCUGACCUUCAACCUACUGCGGGGGAAAGCCUGCAGCAAGGGCUUAAUAAGGUGGGGACUCUCCAUCCAGCACCCAAAUCAACCACCUUCUCGUGUCAUGUUGAGGUGUUUUGGCUAAUGAGGAACCCAGAGAUGCCCAUUACAGCAUGAAAGAGCCCUGGGCAAGGCGUAUGCUCGAAUUAAACCAAGCACAUCUUCACUUUCAUUAUUCCAUAUCGCUCUUUUGGAGGAUGAUCGCGGCUUGCUGAUUGUCCCCCGUCACACUGCACCGCUGUCCGAGGUCUUCCGGUGUCCAGUGGGAGAGAGGAUGGCAAGGCGUCCCACUUAAAGAAACUGCUGGAUUGUAGGAUAAGAGGUUGCAUGCUUCGCAGCCCACUGCCACCGAUGGAUGCCAAGUUGCGAGAAGAUCUAUUCCGCAGGUAUGUGGCGUCUUUGGAGAAUCGGCUUGAGGAGGCGGCCGCUGAAGGAGAUCGACAAGGAGCCAAGACUGAGGAGGCACUGAUAUCUACUGCAACAGCACUGUUGGGCUCUUACCAGCUGGAUCCAGGGCAGCGCUUCCGCAUGGUUCGCUUCUACGAAACUGCUGAGAACUCCCUGAGGACUCAGAGGAGCGCAAACUUGCGGACAUUGGAGACGGCCUUCGCGACGCUGGAAACCAUCUGUACCAACUUACUGCUCUUUCCUUGGAAGAAAGAGUUCCGCUGCAUAAAGACCUUCACAGGGCCGUACGUGUACCAGUUGCAGUCGGUGAUAUGUGACGCAGACCUGCGUUCGCUGCUGCGCUCCAUGGGCUACUCAAGAGACCAGGAGCUGCAGUACCAUGUUCGGGACCAUCCAGGUGGACCCUCGCACCUCCGGCAGCUGGCCUUCGAGCUGCUCCUGGCCCAGGCUGAGUGCCGUCUGCUCGCCGAGGUGGUGUCCAUGUCUCGGGGCUUUGCCUCGGAGCUGGAGGCUGUGGAGGUGAGGAAGAACACCAGAGAAGAUGCGGCAGGGUGCGCUGAUGCCCUCCGCCGACGGGAGAGCCUUACAGGAGACUUGUCCCGCCUGUCGGUGCGGCCGCUGGACAUGGACCGUGCUCAUCUAAGGCGAAGCGGUCGGCCGUCCAAGUCGGUGGAUGUAACAGACAGCGCAGGACACUGGCACCAAGCCAGCAAGCCAGUGCUGAAGGCCUCGCUCAGCCUGCGCAAGGAGCCACUGUUCGUCGACACAGAAGAAGACCUGAAGGAUGAAAUCCUCCGCCCGAGCCCUUCGCUGUACCCUGUGGCCGCGCCGCCCUCUUACAGCCCAGUGGCUGACUUCUUCCCGAUUCAGUCGCCCCCGUCUGAGCCAUACUCCUACCACUUGUCCUCCCUGGAUGAGGUGGACUUGUACACUGAGCGGGGUCUGGGUGGCCACCAGGCGCCCUCAAGACCACAGAGCCGGGAGCCUCGAGAGUCCCGGGACAGUUGGGUCCUGAAGGGGCAUGUGAUGAAGUGCCAGGGCUGUGGCAUGGGCUGUCCUUCGCUCUCCUCUUGCCAGAGGUGCGACAUGAUCUUGUGUUCGUCCUGCCACGCCGUGGACCCGGCGCCUUGUUGUGGCUUCCAGGAUUACACGAAAACUUCCCGCCCUUUGGACGGCUACAUGCCCAUCAAGGAGAAGCUGUCGGUCUACUCCAACGCCCACUCGCACACUCACCCUCACCCUCACCCUCUUCCCCACGCUCAGUCCCACUCGCUGUUGCUGGACAAAGCUGUGAUGAGCACCAAGCUGUUUCCCGGUAAGGCGCUGGGUUCGGGCAGCAGUCCGGUGGUGGGCUCCAUCAGCAGCGGGGGCGAGCGGAUGAGUGUGGGCGGCUCUCGCUGUGGCUUCUGCAACAAGCCAGGCGCCUCUCACACCUGUGUCAACUGCUCCAAGGUGUCAUGUGACAUGUGCACGGGCCUCUACGGCAGUGACGUGUGCACCCGCAAAAACCCUCAUCAUAACUUUGUGCCCAAUCAUCAGCUCAAUUUCAAGUCCAGCACCAUAUCCCACCUCGUGUACCGAUAGACCAGGAACACAUGCGCACUACACCACUGUCGCUGUUUUAUCUCUGCUUUUACCAUCCUUUAAUUACUUUUUUUUUUAUUUAAACACUUCCUGCUUCCAUUCUCAGUUGGCAGUUGUUUGGUUUUGGUCAUGUGAUCUUGCAGUGCAUUUCCUGUCCCUCAGUAGCUCUACUUUAUCAAGGAAAACAAAAAAAAGCUGUUUUCCAUUCAGUAUCAGAACUUGUUAGCUUGAGAAAUAACCAUGCAGCCCAUAGGAACUGUGAAUGUUUAGCAGAGACUUCACCCUGGAACUGAAUCGAGUGAGUGGGAACUUCACAAACUUGAACAAAAGAAGAAAAUAAAUUACACUGGAAGUAAAUAGUAUAUAUUUUGAAUUGUGAAUCUAUAGAUCUAUGUAGACUAUCGCUCUCAUGGUGGGGUGGUUUUCCCAGUUGAAUGGGGCUUCGGUUGUGAAUUUGUAUCAGACUUCUAGUUGCUGUUAAGUCACUAUAUUGAGUCUUCUGACAACAAAUGCCUUGUGGGUUUAUUGACCCCUAAGAAGUCAGCCUACGCUGUGGAAAAUGCUGCUGUUGAAAGUGAAACCAGGAGGGGGCGCUCCUGGCCUCUAACAUGCUUUGCAAGCAAACGUCAUGCACAUAACUGUUGAUUAUGUCAGUAUAUUUAUAUAUUUUUUUCCUCUGUCCAGUUUUCCUUUACAUUGUUUUAACCUGUUAAGUCAUUGAAAUGGAGAAUAAUUUAAUAUUUUGCUACACUGAUUGUCAUGAGAAACAAUUAUUACAAUUAUUUUUUAAGUUCAUUGUACAAUGCAUUUAUGGUGGUGUGUUUGCAUACAGUGAUAAACUAAAGUGUUACUGCUGGGUGAAUGUCACAAAGGAUUUCGUGGGUCGUAUUAGAGCCCUGCAUUUCAGGCCAGACUCGACGGGCCCUGGCCUCUUUACGCCCUUCAGGUCAAUUUUCAUGUCUAAGGUCAGACGCAGGCUGGGCCUCGGCCUUGUUUUAGGCUCCUUAUUGUUAUAUUGUAGACAUCCAUUAAUUAGUGAUGAAAGCAAAGUGCAUCGUGUUUGUUUUCUUUAUUUUUUAAAAGCUGAUAUUGUUGAUAUUGUGAGUGCACACAAAUAAAAGUAGCCCCUUUGCAGUUAUGAGUGAUGUAUUACACUUACCUUUAUGAGCAAAAAUGACGUGUAUCCACUGAAAAAAUUAUAAGUGAUCACGCUGUUGUCUCCGUGUCCCUGAAGCGUCUCCGCACAAACUAUUGGAUAUAGCGCACAUUUAUCUGGGACUUACAUUUAAACAUUGUUAUAUGCUUGAACUGUUUUAUAUCUACAGAUUUUAUUUUAGGCAAGUCGUGAUGAUUUGAGAAGGCUAGAUCGAUCAAACGUAGGCUCACUGUCUGCCGCUGGUCCUUACUUUAAAAAGAACAAAAACUUAUAUUUAACGAACAAAAAUGCUCCAAUUUUUUAUUCUUUUUUUUUUAUUUUUUUUAUUAACUUAAUAAAAAUACUAAGCAAAUUCUAAAAGAUUUGGCCGAGGCUCAUGCAGGUUCUGGCUCAUGUUUCUCCCCACAAUCCGGAGAAGAUGUGAUGUUACCAGAUCCGCAUUAAUGCAGUGAUGUACAGAGAUUCAGUUGAAUACUUUAUGAUCCAGAAGGUUUUUAUGUAAUAUACAAUUAAAAUGAGGAUAAACUAAAUUAAGUGCAUCGAAUACUACUACAAUAUAUUCUUACAGUAGUACUUUAUAAAUGUUCUAUUCACAUAAGUGUUAUGAGAAUUAGAACCUGGAAAAAAAAUGAACUUUCUUUAUGCAAAAUAUUUUUUCUUAUGGGGUAAAAUAUGACUUGGACAUGUUUUUGUGACAUUCACCCUAAUUGGCCUGAUUUUUAUUCUUCCCUGAAUACAACACUAAUUAUAUAUAUUGUUUUUUUUUUGUUGUUGUUUUUUUUGGUCUGUUCCAACAGAACAAAGGCAGUAUGUCAUUCUUUUACGUAUCCUUGAGUCAGAGAUCUUUCAGCCUGCUCUCCUGCUGCUGUAAACCUCUCCAGUCAGCUGAAGGCAGCACUCGAUGCAGGACUCGAUGUCUGUAUGCAGCAUAAAGCGAGGGCCAAAAUAUCUGUCAGGAAAACAGAAACUAGCACAAGACAUAAAGAUGGCAUGUUCUUACGAAGUUACAUCAGUGUGUGUUUUUGAUUUAGUGGAGCGAGUGUUAAUGGAUGCAGUAUUUCUCCUUCCCUUUGUCUCUCUGUUGAAAUAAAACACUGCUGCGUCCUUAAA